AUGGCCACUUCCAAUCUCUUCCACCAAAUUCCCCAACCAUUUCAUUUUCCUACUGCUUGCACCAUUUUCCGGCCACCCGUCAGCAUCCGUCAGUAUCCUUCUGUUAGAGGCAAAACCAAAAAGCACAGAAAGUGGAGAAUUAAGCUGAGCUUAGUAGAGCAGAGUCGACCAAAAUCUUUGGAGCAACUGGCGGCGUUUCUGUAUGACGAUCUUCCUCACCUCUUUGAUGAUAAGGGUAUCGAUAAAACUGCUUAUGACGAACGCGUUUUCUUUCGAGACCCAAUCACUAAGCAUGAUAAUUUGAGUGGCUACCUUUUCAAUAUUUCUCUUCUCAAGACACUCUUUACACCCAAAUUUCACUUGCAUUGGGUUAAACCGACAGGUGCUUAUGAGAUUACUACAAGAUGGACUAUGGUUAUGAAAUUCACGCUACUUCCUUGGAAACCAGAAUUGGUCUUUACAGGAACAUCUCUCAUGGGCGUUAACCCACAUAAUGGCAAGUUUUGUAGCCAUCUGGACUUUUGGGAUUCACUAAACAAUAAUGAUUAUUUUUCAGUUGAAGGUUUGUGGGAUGUUUUCAGACAGUUGAGGAUUUACAAGACACCAGAUUUGGAAUCACCCAAAUAUCAAAUAUUGAAAAGGACAACAAGUUAUGAGGUUAGACAGUAUGAUCCGUUCCUAGUAGUAGAAACCAAUGGAGACAAGCUAUCUGGGAAUACUGGCUUUAAUGAUGUUGCUGGAUAUAUAUUUGGAAAGAAUUCAACAACAGAAAAGAUACCAAUGACUACUCCUGUCUUCACUGAAGCCAUUGAUCCUGAAUUGUCCAAAGUUUCAAUCCAAAUAGUUCUUCCAUCAGACAAACAAACAAAGAGUUUACCAAAUCCUAAUCAAGAAACAGUUAGUGUGAGAAAGGUAGAAGGAGGCAUUGCUGCAGUAAUAAAGUUUAGUGGAAAACCCACAGAAGAUGUUGUUCUCGAAAAGGAGAAAAUCUUGCGUUCAAAUAUCAUUAAAGAUGGUCUUAAGCCUAAGCCUGGUUGUUUGCUUGCCCGGUACAAUGAUCCAGGCCGAACAUGGAACUUUAUAAUGAGGAAUGAAGUGCUCAUUUGGCUAGAUGACUUCUCAUUGGAUUAG